AUGCAGGUGUCUAUCGCGUGCACCGAGCAGAACCUUCGCAGCAGGAACAGCGAAGACCGUCUGUGCGGACCCCGGCCUGGCCCGGGGGGCGGUAAUGGCGGGCCGGUCGGCGGAGGGCAUGGGAAUCCUCCGGGGGGAGGAGGGUCCGGCCCCAAGGCCCGAGCCGCACUGGUGCCCCGACCCCCAGCGUCCUCGGGCGCCCUCCGUGAGAGCACCGGCCGGAGCACUGGCAUGAAAUACAGGAACCUAGGGAAGUCUGGUCUUCGGGUAUCCUGUCUUGGCCUGGGUACCUGGGUCACAUUCGGUUCUCAGAUCUCUGAUGAGACAGCAGAGGAUGUGCUGACAGUAGCCUACGAGCACGGCAUAAACCUGUUUGACACCGCUGAAGUGUACGCAGCAGGAAAGGCUGAAAGAACCCUAGGCAACAUCCUCAAGAACAAAGGUUGGAGGAGAUCAAGCUAUGUCAUCACCACCAAGAUAUUUUGGGGAGGACAAGCUGAAACUGAACGAGGGUUGAGCCGCAAACACAUCAUUGAAGGCUUACGAGGAUCUCUGGAACGACUCCAGCUGGGAUAUGUGGACAUCGUCUUUGCCAAUCGCUCAGACCCCAACAGCCCCAUGGAGGAGAUUGUGCGAGCCAUGACCUAUGUCAUCAACCAAGGCCUGGCCCUGUACUGGGGGACAUCCCGAUGGGGGGCUGCAGAAAUCAUGGAAGCCUACUCCAUGGCGAGACAGUUCAAUCUGAUUCCUCCCGUGUGUGAGCAAGCUGAGCACCACCUGUUUCAGAGGGAGAAGGUCGAGAUGCAGCUGCCAGAACUCUACCACAAGAUUGGUGUUGGCUCAGUCACCUGGUCCCCUCUGGCCUGUGGCCUCAUUACUAGCAAGUAUGAUGGGCAUGGCCCUGAUACCAGCAGGGCCACCAUCAAGGGCUACCAGUGGCUCAAGGACAAAGUGCAGAGUGAGGAAGGCAAGAAACAACAGGCUAAAAUCAUGGAUCUCCAUCCCAUCGCUCACCAGCUGGGCUGCAGUGUGGCCCAGCUUGCUAUUGCCUGGUGUCUCCACAAUGAGGGUGUCAGCUCUGUCUUGCUGGGGGUGUCGAGUUCAGAGCAGCUGAUAGAACACCUGGGCGCCUUACAGGUAUUGAGCCAGCUGACCCAGCAGACGGUGGCAGAGAUAGAUGGGCUCUUGGGGAAUAAAACGCAUCCCAAGAAAUAG